UUUGCCGACAGAAUCUUUUCCUAAAGGGUGAAAGAUAGGAAGACACAAAGACAGAGCGUAAGAGAGAGAGAGUGUAGUAGAAGCUCAGAAAACGCAAGAGGGAAGGUGUAAUGGUUGAGUCGACCACCUCCAACUAACAGUCUAGAAGAGUACUAUCGGUGUGUCCAAACGCUGUGCUCCGACAUUUGGAAAACUACUCGCGUCUGCCGAAGAGAUGGAACGCUGGAAAGGCAGAGUGGCUUUGGUGACUGGUGCCUCGGUGGGCAUUGGAGCUGCAAUAGCCCGAGCUCUUGUCCAGCAUGGCAUGAAGGUGGUUGGCUGUUCACGGAGCGUGGACAAGAUAGAGAAAUUGGCCGCUGAGUGCCAGAGUGCUGGCUAUUCUGGAACCUUAGUUCCAUACAAGUGUGAUCUGUCUAAUGAAGAAGAGAUCUUGUCCAUGUUUUCUGCCAUCAAGACCCUUCACCAAGGGGUGGAUGUUUGCAUCAAUAAUGCUGGUCUUGCUCAUGCUGAAGCCCUACUCUGUGGAAAAACUGAAGGAUGGAGGAACAUGAUUGAUGUCAACGUCUUGGCUCUGUCAAUUUGUACCAGAGAAGCAUAUCAGUCAAUGAAGGAACGAAACAUUGAUGAUGGGCAUAUUAUAAAUAUUAACAGCAUGUGUGGCCACAGAGUAGUCCACCAGCCUGCUGUACACUUUUAUUCAGCAACCAAGUAUGCAGUAACAGCACUGACAGAGGGCCUCCGCCAAGAACUUCGAGAAGCCAAGAGCCACAUCAGAGCCACGGCUAUAUCUCCUAGUCUGGUGGAAACAGAAUUUGCUUUUCGCCUGCACAAAAAUGAUCCAGAAAAAGCAGCUGCUACUUAUGAAAGCCUGAAGUGUUUAAAGGCUGAAGAUAUAGCCAUUGCUGUUACCUAUGUCCUUAGCGCCCCUCCACAUGUGCAGAUUGGUGACAUCCAGUUAAGGCCAACAGAACAGAUAGCCUAGCAAAUGAAGCAGCAGAUGGCAUUAAGUGAAACAUUCCCCCAGUCUACAGUACUCAAUGUGGACCCCGGCUGCACAAAGAAAGUGCUUACUGGAUUUGAAGGAUUUUGUUUGAGAGUUGAAUGUGUUCUUUGGAACUCUUGGUUAAUGGGAUGUUCAUCUCCAACCACCACACUCUGGGUUUGAAAGGACAUAACACUAUUGUUUAAUUUGGAUUAGAUGCUGGAUUAAUAUGUCAAAUUUGGUGGGAUGUUUGUUUAUAAUUUAACAAAAAAUUUGGAUUGUUUUUGCUUCCAAGUGAUGCACGGUUAUUAUUAAUGUAAAUGUUAUGAAGUUGAAACUUAUAAGAAGUUUCUGUUUUGUUUCAGUUACUCUUUCUAAAAUAAUUACUGGUAAAGGUAUUUUGAUAAGUAUGAUAAAACUGUUAUGUAGUUUUUAUGUGGGUUGUUCAUUAAUGGUAUUCAUAACACCCUAAUGGUUUUGUUAAACUUUUUUGUGUUUUAACAACCUCAAAUUAAAGGAUUUUUUUUUUUUCAAUUCAUUAGCAUAAAUGUAAGUGGUUACAUAUGCUUCAGGGUUCUUUCAGUUUUCACAUGUAUUUUUGUGUCCAAGUAUUUGAUAUGCCACUGUUAUAGUAGAGCUAUAGCUACUAGAAGACUAGUUUUCUCAUUGGUAAUAAAUCAGUAAUAAAUUAAUUAGACCAUACCCUUAUUCUUUCUAGAUUUCUGCCUGGUAACUGUAUAGCAUUAUAGAUUUGUUCACACAACAAAGUGAUCCAGUGGAUUCAACAUUUCAUUCUAGCCUGCAGUUCACUGUAAAAGGCCUGAAUUCAGUCCUAUAAUUCCUAUAAGUGCUAUAAAGAAACUUUGUAAUCAGUUAAUUAAAAGGAGCCAUGUUCUUGCACAAGCUUGGCUCAGCAUUAUUGGUUACAGCCAUUGCAGUUUCAUGCAUUGGUAAAUUAGAAAUACCAAGGCUAGAUGGAAGUUAAAGGUGUUUUCCGGACAGUGAUAUGUUUAAAGAUAAACAUGUUUUCUUUAAUGUGGUGUUAGAUUAACAUAAACAUACAAAAGUGAGAUUAGCUUGUGGUAUAUGUUGAUACAGUGAUUUAGGUUGAAGACAACUUACCAGACAAUAUGACUGACUUAAUUGCAGUUUUUCUUUCUGUUUUUUGCAUUAACCCACAGCGGAAUCUUCCUGAGACAUUUAUUAUUUUUGGAGUAAUAUGGGAUAAAGUUUGGCACAUUAGUACGUUAAUAUGUUUAGUUUGGAUUUAACACCCACCCCAAAUCUUGCCGUUGGCAACUGAGUGAUUAUUUACCCAUGUUUAUUUGUGGUAUGUGAUGAUACACUUUAUUAAAUUUUUUAAAGCUGCUUUAA